GCGCCUGCGCCGCCGCAAGCAUGGCCGGCAACGAUUGGAGGACCGGCGGGGCGGGGCGGACCGCGCCGUGGUGUUUGGUUUUGGGCGGGAAUUGAAAGCGCUGCUUCCGCCCACAAGAACUUGAGGACUGUGCGUUUCCAGUCUUGAAGGGGACCAUGGUGCGCCCUGUGAGACAUAAGAAACCAGUCAAUUACUCACAGUUUGAGGACUCUGACAGCGAUGAUGAUUUUAUUUCUGCAAGUGUACCUUUAAACAAGAAAUCCAGAACAGCACCAAAGGAAUUAAAACAAGACAAACCAAAACCUAACUGGAAGACUUUCCAGGAAGAAGACAUCCCACUACAAGAGGAAACCCCUAAAAAAAGGAUGGCUUUAGAUGACAAGCUCUACCAGAGAGACUUGGAAGUUGCACUAGCUUUGUCAGUGAAGGAACUUCCAACAGACACCACUGAUGUGCAGAAGUCUCAAAAUAAAAGCAUUGAAAAACAUGACAUUAGUAAAACAGAAACAAUGGCUAAAUCUCCUCAUAUCUCUAAUUGCAGUGUAGCCAGUGAUUAUUUAGAUUUGGAUAAGAUUACUGAGGAAGAUGAUGUUCGUGGUGUUCAAGGGAAAAGAAAAGCAGCAUCUAAAGCUGCGGUACAGCAGAGGAAGAUUCUUCUGGAAGGCAGUGAUGGCGAUAGUAUUAAUGACACGGAUCCAGAAUUUGCAACUGGUGAAGAUUCUGAGGAUGAUUCUGAUUUUGGUGAGGGUGAAGAUAACGAUGAAGACUUCACUAUGAGAAAAAGUAAAGUUAAAGAAAUUAAAAAUAAAGAAGUGAAGGUAAAAUCCCCAGUACAAAAGAAAGAGAAGAAACCUAAAUCCAAAUGUAGUGCUUUGGUGACUUCAGUACACUCUGCCCCAGCUGCCGUCAAAUUGGAAUAUCACUCCUUGCCCAAAAAGAUUUCUCAUUCUUCAGAGGCCACUAGAAAACCAUUACAAAUAUGCAGUCCUUCAGCUGAAAGCAAGAGACCGAAGUGGGUUCCACCAGCGGCAUCUGGAAGUAGCAGUAAUAGCAGCAGCCCACUGGCAGGAGUGUCCGUUAAGUCUCCAAAUCAGAGUCUCCGCCUUGGCUUGUCCAGAUUAGCACGAGUUAAACCUUUGCAUCCAAAUGCCACUGGCAGUUGAACAUGCUUGCAAAUAGAUGUUUGUUUGAGAGAAUUGCCAUUUUACAAGUGUGUUUAUGUUUGAGGAGGUUAUUAUAAUAUAAUGGAAUCCCUUAACAUGUCAUACAAAUGAUCCCUAUCUGUUUUGUGAUUACAGUCUCUGAAAAGCUAGUCAAGUCUUCAGUAAGAAGUUUGUUUCUAAGAAUUAUCUUCUUAUGUCAUUUUCUUCAGAAGAGCAUAUUCUAUUUUCCUGUCACUCUGACAUGGAGGAAGUCCACAUCAGAUGUGCUUCUUUUCUAGUAACGUGAUAUGUUCCUCUCUAGCUUUGUCUAAUUUAUGGCACCUUAACUGUUAAGAAUUUGUGUGGCAAAGGGAAACAUUCCCAUUUCUUUCAGGAGACAGUUCUGAAAUCUUAUAAGCUACUUAAGCUACAUUGUCAGUUUUAUUGCAAAGAUACUUUGUAGUUUAGCCAAAUCUUUUUAUAGUAAGAAUUCAGAAUUAUUUUACACAUUAAAAUGGUUGCUGUUUUAUAGCAUAUGUCUCCGACUUAGAGAUAAAUGGUUUUCUAUAGC